AUGAUUUUACAGGCAUUGUCAUAUGCAGGAACGUUAUUAGGAUUCUUGUUUUUGACCCUGUCCAUUGCUGCUGGUCUCUACUACAUUAGUGAGCUGGUGGAAGAACACUCAGAGCCGACGAAGCGAUUUCUGACUAAAGCCAUCUAUGCGGUAAUUUCGCUGCAUGUGCUUCUAUUAGUAUUGGACGGUUUUCCUUUCAAGCUAAGCGUGUUCUCCAUAGCGUCCUACUUAGUAUAUUUCCAAAACCUCAAGCAUUUCCCGUUCAUUUCAUUGACAAGCGUGACAUUCCUCGCAAGCUGUAUUUUGGUCGGACUUAAUCAUUAUCUAUGGUUCCAGCACUUUAAUAACACCGAGAUUCCUCCCCAAUUCCGAUACGAUCCCAACUAUCUGCCCCGCAGAAGAGCUAGUUUUGCAGAAGUGGCAUCUUUCUUCGGCAUAUGCGUCUGGUUUGUCCCAUUUGCAUUGUUUGUCUCAUUAUCCGCAGGUGAUAACGUCCUGCCAACGACAACUUCAGGCUUGACAAAGAAGAAUGAAGAUUUGGGCAAAGACUCACCUAAAUUCAGAAAAAAGGCCACUGGUUUGGUCCGGGUUGUAAUAGACUCCAUAAGGGAGUAUUUUUAUAUCUUAGCGCGUGUGUUUGGCUAUGAUAUCGAUCCAAACAGGGGCAGGCUUGUGGUCUGA